UGCCGGGAUGCAGGAUGGGAAAAGGCUGACUCCCAGAUGGAAAACCUUGGAGAUUGGAUUGUGAACACUCCCAGUAUUGCUUAACGAAAAGAAGUGGAUUUUUCUGUUUGUUCUUCAUUUUCUUUGUACUGCUUAACUUUUCGGGAUACUGUUGAUUUUAGUUUGCCUCAUUUGGGAACAAACUGAAGCUCCACCAACUCUGACUCAGGCUCAGAAGAAGAUGAAGAAGCUUAUUCUGCUUUUGUCAUUGUUCUUGGCUCCAGCAUUUGCCUACAAAGAAAGUCAGAAAACAAAACAGAACUUUUCUUCAAACAAUACCAGUCAUAAACGACUUAAGAGAGACUGGAUAUGGAACCAAAUGCAUAUCAAAGAAGAGAUUGAUACGCCAUUACCACACCAUGUUGGCAAGAUCACAUCGAGUGUAAGGAACAACAACGCUAAGUACAUUAUUGAAGGUGAAUAUGCCAAUACCAUCUUUAAAGUGGAAGAGACCAGUGGUGAUGUAUAUGCCUUUGAGAGGUUGGACAGAGAAAAGAAAGCAGAAUAUGAGCUGACAGCUCUCAUUAUUGACAGAAGAAACAACCGGUCACUGGAACCACCAUCUAAAUUUAUUAUCAAGGUUUAUGAUAUUAAUGACAAUGCCCCUGUGUUCGUACAAAAGGUAUUCAAUGGAUCUGUCCCAGAAAUGUCACCAGUAGGAACCUCUGUUACCAAAGUGACAGCUGUAGACGCUGAUGACCCAACAGUUACAGGUCAUGCCACAGUUACCUACCAAGUCAUUAAAGGAGAUGAAUAUUUCACAGUUGAUGACUCCGGUGUGAUUUUUACAACCAGAGCUGAUUUAGACAGAGAGAAUCAAUCAACGUAUGAAAUUAUUGUUAAAGCAAAAGACGCUCCAGGGUUUUCUGGGGAUUCAAGCACAGCUACAGUCAUUAUCACUUUAACAGACAUCAAUGACAACUUCCCUGUAUUCAAACACCCAUCAUUUCACUUUAAAGUUCCUGAAAACGUUUCAGUAGGAGGAGAGGUUGGCAGAGUCAAAGUGGAAGACAUUGAUGAACCACAACACAGAAAUACAAAAUACAGUUUUGUCAGAGGAGAUUACAGGGACACCUUUGAAAUUGUUGCAAAUCCAUACACGAAUGAAGGAAUUAUUAGACCAAAGAAGCCCCUGGACUUCGAAAAAGUAGCAGAAUACAGGUUUGACAUUGAAGCAACAGAUCCCACAGUUGAUCUUCGCUAUUUUAAAUCCGGUGGCUCUAGGAGCAUUUCAACAGUUACCAUUGAAGUCACUGACGUGGAUGAGCCCCCUGUCUUCACUAAGCUACCAUAUGAAUUUAAAGUAAGGGAAAAUGAUCCAGAAAAAAAAACACUUGGUUCAGUUUGGGCAUACGACCCUGACGCAGCUAAACGGAAAAUCAGAUUUGUUCGACGAAGAGCUAGUCCUAAUGGAGACUACAUUAGAGUAUCUGACACUGGAAUUAUUCAACUUCCCAAGCCCCUGGAUAGAGAAUUCAGCUCCUCGUACAACAUCACUGUAGCAGCCCAGGAAAUCCUGGAAGAUGGCCGUCUUUCUGACAGAGAAUCACACGCCCAAGUUCACGUAAUAGUCACUGAUGAAAACGACAACGCUCCAGAACUUGUUUAUCCUGAGGAACCCAGAGUGUGUGAAAACGCUGCUCCAGGAAAGGUAAUCAUCACGAUUUCAGCUACUGACAAGGAUGAAAUAUCACCUAGAGGUUUCUUCAAAUACUCCCUGGCCACAGAAGAUAGCAACUUCUCGUUGGUUGAGAACCAUGAUAACACAGCUAAUAUCACAGUCAAGUAUGGACAGUUUAAUCGUGAACUUGCCAAAAUCCACUACCUGCCUGUCAUCAUCUCAGACAAUGGUGAUCCCGAGCUCAGCAGCACAAAUACACUUGUUAUCAGUGUCUGCAAAUGUAAUGAAAAAGGCGACUUCACUUUUUGUGAGGAAAGAGCUAAACAAGUCGGAGUUAGUAUACAAGCACUGGUGGCUAUUUUUGUCUGUAUCUUCACAAUCAUCGUUUUGUUUGCAGUAAUCGCCUUGCUAAUUCUUCUAAGAAAGAGACACAAGAAGGAUUUGAGUGGUCUUGGGAGGAAUGUGGCAGAGAUUCACGAGCAGCUUGUAACUUACGAUGAAGAAGGUGGUGGUGAAAUGGAUACCACCAGUUAUGAUGUGUCUGUACUCAACUCUGUGCGCAAGAAUGGUAUGAAGCCAGAAACAGUGCCCUCUCCAUACGCACAGGUCCAAAAACCUCCUGGAAAUCCAACUUCUGGUGCUGAAAAAAUGGAAAUUAUGAUUGAGGUUAAGAAGGAUGAAGCUGACAAUGACAGGGAUUUGCUGCCAUAUGACACACUUCACAUUUAUGGCUACGAAGGUGCUGAGUCCAUUGCAGAAUCUCUCAGUUCUUUGGAAUCAGGCUCCUCAGACUCAGAUAUUGAUUAUGACUUUCUAAAUGACUGGGGACCCAGGUUUAAAAUGUUAGCUGAGCUGUAUGGAUCAGAACCAAAUGAAGAUUUUGUGUAUUAAGUUCAAACUAGUCAUGAAUUUUCUCCCUCCCAAUACAGAUAGAUACAAGAGCCUGCCAAUGGCCAAAGAAGAUUUCACAGUUCUUCACCCAAGCAGUAUAGGUUUUCAAACAGACCAGAAAAAAAAAAUGACAGAGGUAGGGAUAAAAAGAAAUACAAAUAAUGUAUAUCCACUCCCCAGCACUGCUAUUCUCGCUGACAUUUUGUUCUGUCCCUAAAAUUGCUGCUCGGGGACUUAGAGUCUUCCAGGACAUGACUUUUCUCCCUAUCCGGAUAGAUCCUUCUCCUUAAAAAGUGGCUUUGUCUCCAACGUCUCCUUCAUUCCUCUCCUCCUGUACAUCAACAUGCAUUUCAUCCAUCCGCUGAAACAGAGAGGUUUGGUGGCACUGAGAAGAAAUGUUUUGUACAACCUCCUGUAUCUCCAGCCUGCUGGUUUGCCUGGCCCUACUGUAACAUCUUUAUUGAUAUUCCCCGCUUAUGCUUACCCAGCAGAGGAAAGGAGGAACAUAUGGUUUAUCACUUAAUAUUAGAAAUUAUUCCAUCACUUCCAAAAAGAGGCAUGGUUUUUCCUUCUUUCCAAUCUAUUAAUUAUUCUUGCUUUAUAGUCUUUGACUACAUAUAUGAGUUACUACAGAUAAAAUGAGACAGAAUUUUUAGAUGCUCAAUCUGGUUUCAUCUGUCAUUUUUAACAGCCUGAUGAUGAUUUCAGGCACCUUUCUGGAGUGCUAGAAUUUCUUCUAGCUAGCAGCAAAAUUGUUUUUUCUCUCUGUAAAUAGGACCUCAGUGUUACUCAACGGAACAUAUCCUGCAGGGCAGGAAAUGUUGGAGAUCAGGGGAAUGUUAAGACUCCAAUACUGUAAAUCUCUCUAGAUAGCAACAUAGGGUCUCUCUGGAUCCCUAAAAAGGGUGAAUAGCUUUUUUAUUCAACAUUAUUAAAGGAACUGUAUUAUUUCAGGGACAAACAAAGGAAGGGCCUCAUUACUGUGAAACUGUUUUGAUUUUUUUCUAAGCAGGUACUGUAAAACGGGUAUUUUCCACCUAGGAAAAUAUUGUAGACUUCCAAACCAUAAUGCUUCACACCCACACAUUUGUCUGCAUAGAAGAACCACAAAUGUAAGUAAGGUUUUGGAGCUGCAACUAUUAAGUCCCUGGUAAGCAUGUGUUCAGUUUCUCGCCUGAUGAAGAGCCACACAAUGAACGGAAUGAAAACUCCCAUGCCUGAAGUUACCCAGCCAAAUACAUUUUGUUAGAAGUGAGUCUCUUAGGACAAUGGCCAGUCUCUGGCUUCUGGCCAUGCAGAUUCCUGUUGCCUUCAACAGGAACAGAGCCCUACUACACACAUACUCAGUUUUGCAGAGUCUGUGCUGGAGCUGUAUGUAUUAGUUUAGUUGAUUUGAUUAUUUAAAUUUGGUAGCUAACCACGUAACACUAAAUCUUUUUCUUUUUCUUUUUUUUUUUCAUUUUUUUCCUAAACCAGUGUAGUGGAACCUCAUGAACUUCCUUUUCAAUCAUUCAUGUCCUCUCCCUUCCCCCAGAUCAUUUAUCGGCAGGAAAGAGCAAUGCACUGUAAUACAACCCCAGAUUAAUCCACACUGUUAUAGCAAGUUGUCUAAUACAAUACUUAGUAGACACUAAUGCAUCACUAUCAAUAGUAGACACUAUCAAAUAUUUCAAAUCGCUUAAAUUUCCACAUACAAACUAAGGGAAAACUAAGUAGAAUCCUGCCUAUCAAUCAAAUCACCUUUGGAUCAGAUCCUCUAUAAAGCCAAUUUUGGGAUGACAGCCUUGGUUUAUUUUUAAUGUGAUCAUUCUCUUCUAUUUUGCUUAAUCCAGUCAACAGUCUAUGCUAUUGAGGUUCCAUGUGUUAGUAUAUUAUAAAGAAUUCUAACUAAUAAUACUUACAGUUUAAGGUUUUCAUCAGUAAUUAAGGUAUUGGCAAUCAACAGGUAAAGCUAGUUAUGAAAUUAUUUAGUGCGGUAAAUAAAGUAUUUUGGUAAGCAUCAUCCAGAUAGUAUUACCUGUAAUCGCUGUUUUUAAGCCUGUUUUAUAAAGCUAUUUUAAGGAACACUGUAUCGAUUUCCAUUGUAUAGAGACGUUUGCACUGGAUAUUUUCUUUUUGUAUUGCUGUACUGUAUUUUAUUUUUUGACUACAUAAAAGCCAAUCUCAAGUG